AUGAAUACCAGGCCCUUGAUAGAGAACUCAAGGAAUCCCACAGCCUUAUCAGCUUCCUUUAAUCACGAUGCUAGCUGUUUUGCUAUUGGACUCGAUACAGGAUUUCGUGUGUUCAACACAGAAGCAUGUCAACAACGAGUUGCCAGAGGUAGAUCUCAAGCCACAAUCUCUCAACUGAUCAGUACUGACCACGGAGGUAGACUUCAAUGGCGGGUUGGAACAGCACAGAUGCUUGGGAAUACCAACUACAUUGCUCUAGUUGGUGGUGGAAAACAACCUAAGUUCGCUCAGAAUAAGGUAAUUAUUUGGGAUGAUUUAAAAGCAAAGGUUGCUGCACAAGUAUCGGUUCUUACCUCUGUCAGAGGAGUUCGAAUCACGAGGACUCACAUAGUAGUUGCACUUUUAAACAGCAUUCGUGUUUACCAUUUCCAAAGCAUCCCUACGCUAUAUCAGGCCUAUGAAACUGCAAGCAAUCCUUAUGGACUAUGUUGCUUGAGUGCCAGCAUCUUGAUAUUUCCCGGUAGAACAUCUGGGCAAGUACAAGUGGUCGAACUCAAUAGUGGAAAUGUUAGCAUCAUACCUGCUCACACGGGAGCUCUUCGAGCUCUAGCUUUGAGCCGUGAUGAUGAAAUCAUUGCAACUGCCAGUGAAAACUGUGUCGAUCACGCCGAUAUUUUUUCCAUCUCCAUUUCCCCAUCAGGACAGCUCCUGGCUGUUACUUCAGAUAAAGCUACGCUCCACGUUUUUGAUAUUCCGCAUCCCUCGAAACCUCCACGAUCGGAAUCAGCGACAGGCCAUCGACGGCUCACAUCUCUUGGUGGCGGUGGUAACAGUAGCCCGACGACUCCAGAUUCCGAUGCAAGAAACAAAUGGGGAAUUCUAGGGAAACUACCUUUGAUGCCCCGAUUAUUCUCGGACAUAUAUUCUUUUGCAACUGCCACAUUUUCCAUUGGUGAGGAGCCUUUGUCCGCAUCUUCUAACCCACUAACAGCAAGCGACGCUGGACCCAAGGCCUCGAAAGGUGUCAUCGGAUGGACUAGUGAUGAGAGUCUAAUUGUUGUUGGAGCAGGCAUUGACAGUCGCUGGGAAAAAUUUAUCAUUGCCGAAGGUGAAGAUGGCAAGCGUUACUGUAUCCGGGAUGGCUGGAAGAGAAUUUUGAGAGUCGAAUGA